UGCGGUCAUAGACAUAAUAGUCUGCGGUCACAUUUUGUAGUUCACACGCGGAGCGUUGCGUCGAUGGUGUUAUCGCGUUGUUUCGCUCGUUAGUUCAGCUGGAGGUUAACCAGGGAAGCCGCGGAGAGUUUGGUUCUAUCUCCCAGUAAAGUUCCCGGGCUCUGCAGAGGUCAAAGGGCGAUGCUGUCAGCCCUCUUCAGAUCAGCUCUGCCUAAAUACGGCAGGGUGGUGCUGCCCGCUCGGGUCUCCAUCAGAACCAUGUCGUCUUCAGACGGACCCGCCUCGCCGUACGCCACGUUGGCCGUCAGCCGCCCCGCCGAGUCCGUCACACACGUGGAACUUCACCGGCCCAAGAAGCUCAACGCCAUGAACAAAGCCUUCUGGAGGGAGAUGGUGGAGUGCUUUAACGAGAUCGCCGACGACCAGGACUGCAGGGUGGUGGUGGUUUCAGGAGCUGGGAAGAUGUUCACAGCCGGCAUCGACCUGAUGGACAUGGCAGGAGACAUGCUGCAGCCGGAAGGCGACGACACGGCCAGGAUCUCCUGGAACGUCAGGAAACUCAUCGCCAGGUAUCAAGAGACGUUCUCCGUCAUCGAGAAGUGCCCAAAGCCCGUGGUGGUGGCCGUCCAUGGCGCCUGCAUCGGAGGAGGUGUGGACCUGAUCACCGCCUGCGACAUCCGCCUGUGCACCCAGGACGCCUGGUUCCAGGUUAAGGAAGUGGACAUCGGCCUGGCCGCGGACGUAGGAACGCUGCAGAGGCUUCCCAAAGUCAUCGGCAGCCGCAGCCUGGUGAACGAGCUGGCGCUGACGGCCCGCAAGAUGUACGCCGACGAAGCCAAGAGCAGCGGGCUGGUCAGCCGCGUGUUCCCGGAUAAGGAAGCCAUGAUGGCGGGCGCCCUGGAGAUGGCGGGGGAGAUGGCGGCCCGCAGCCCCGUGGCCGUGCAGGGCACCAAGCUCAACCUCCUCUACUCCAGAGACCACAGCGUCGCCGAGGGGCUCGACUACAUGGCCACCUGGAACAUGAGCAUGCUGCAGACGCAGGACGUGAUGAAGGCCGCUCAGGCCGCCAUGGAGAAGAGGAGCCCCAAGGAGGCGCUGUUCUCCAAGCUCUGAACCCGAGGUUCUGCCGGGACCGGACCGCCCCGAAGCUCCGCUGGAACCGGUCCGAACGCCUGAGGAGGUUAAACUGAUCUGUUGACGUCGCUAAUCCCUUCAGCCGCUUUUGUAAAGUUUUUAUUUAAUAAACUCACAUGGAUGAAA